AUGUCAUUAGAUUUAUCUACAUUAUCACAGGAUAUCCAAUUCCUAUUGCGCAACUUCCCCCACUAUAUCAAUUUCAAUGAUCAAUUUUACUUCACCUUGGCCACUAUUGCAUUCAACCCAAUUUUUUGGAACAUUGUUGCUCGAUUGGAAUACAAUACCCAUUUCUUAACCAAAUUGGCUGGUGGAUCUGCUAAAAUUGGGUGCUACAUUUUGGCAUUCACCAUUUUCUCCCUCGGUAUUUACCGUGAUUCGGUUUACCAUGAUUUAUUGUUGAAUCAGCCCACUUAUCAACCAUUAAUUGAUUCAACUGUGGUCAGACUGGUGGCAAUUGCUAGUUUUUGUUUUGGAAAUGUGUUGGUAUUGUCGUCGAUGUGGGCCUUGGGUGUAACUGGUACUUAUCUUGGUGAUUAUUUUGGUAUAUUGAUGGAUGACAGAGUUACCGGGUUCCCUUUCAGUAUUAAUGAUAAUCCCAUGUACAAUGGAUCUACUUUAUGCUUCUUGGGUACAGCUUUAUGGUAUGGCAAGCCAGUAGGGUUGGCAAUCACCUUGUUUGUGUUUGUGAUGUACAAGAUUGCGUUAUUGUUUGAAGAGCCAUUUACAGCCAAGAUUUACGCCAAUCGUGAAAAAUUGGAGUAG